GGCCCAUCCAUCCAAACACGCCACGGAUUUUCUCUCACACUGGGAUCUAAAGAUCACAAACUUUAAUUGGGCCGUCACACGGAGACCUCUUCUGCCAUUUUUGCAGGAAGGAAGAGCUCUGGUGUGUGCGUGAGACAGGAAGAGGGUCGAGAUGGCUACGGCGUACGCUCCCAUGGCGAGCCAAGUGAUGAAGAGCGGCUUGGUGCACUCGAGGCCGAGGGGCCUUUCAGGCGCUGCGCUGACGAGGCGGCCACGCUUCACCGUGAAGGCCAUCCAGCCUGAGAAGCCAACGUACCAGGUGGUGCAGCCCAUCAACGGCGACCCCUUCAUCGGCAGCCUGGAGACGCCCGUCACCUCCAGCCCGCUCGUCGCCUGGUACCUCUCCAACCUCCCGGCAUACCGCACCGCCGUGAGCCCGCUGCUCCGCGGCAUCGAGGUCGGCCUCGCGCACGGCUACCUCCUCGUCGGCCCCUUCGCCCUCACCGGCCCGCUCCGCAACACGCCCGUGCACGGCCAGGCCGGCGCCCUGGGCGCCGCCGGGCUCGUCACCAUCCUCAGCGUCUGCCUCACCAUGUACGGCGUCGCCUCGUUCAACGAGGGGGACCCGUCCACGGCGCCCACGCUCACGCUCACCGGCCGCAAGAAGGAGGCCGACAAGCUGCAGACCGCCGACGGGUGGGCCAAGUUCACCGGGGGCUUCUUCUUCGGCGGCAUCUCCGGCGUGCUCUGGGCCUACUUCCUCCUCUACGUGCUCGACCUCCCAUACUACUUCAAGUAGACGGGGUCCAUGCAUAUUCCCUCCUCUCUACAUGUGGGUAGGUGAUGUGUCUGUGGUUCUUGAUUGAGCAGUGAGCACGUGUAUAAAUGUAUUACUUUCUCUGGAUCGGACAUGGAUGGAUGGAUGGGGUUGUAACAUGGAACAGUUAAUUUCUUACUUGGAUGGAGUUAAUUUACAUGGGAACAAAACAACUGGCGUA